UUGUAAUAAUGGACUGAAAAAACCUCCUCCUCCUUUAUUUAGAGGAAGUAUUUAGGUUUAUUUAACAGUCAAAACCGUCCUCACUUGCAGCUCUUUUCUCUGUGUAGGGAAGUAAGAACCACCAUCAUGGCUUGCAUUUUUGGAGACCUUACAAAGAUCGACACGACGGGAGCAUCGGAAAAAACAGCGAGGCAGGACAAACUCACUGUCAAAGGGGUGGAAGCUUCAAAUAAACUGGCUGAGAAUGAUCUGAAGAGGAUGGAGCAGUACAAGAACAUGAUUGUGAAAGUUGGCAGAGCUAAGCAGAUUGACCCAGCUGUUAUCGCAGGGAUCAUAUCUAGAGAGUCAAGGGCUGGGUCAAUUCUACAGAAUGGCUGGGGAGACCAUGGCAAUGGUUUUGGACUCAUGCAGGUUGAUAAGAACCACCACACACCAACAGGAGCCUGGAACAGUGAGGAGCACCUCGCCCAAGGCACCGAAAUUCUAAUACAAUCCAUUAAAGAUAUUCAAAAGAAAUUCCCCAGCUGGCCCAAGGAGCACCAAUUUAAAGGAGGAAUCGCAGCCUACAACAUGGGGCCAGGUAAUGUCCGCACGUAUGAGCGCAUGGACAUCGGCAGCCCAGGAGAUGAUUAUUCCAAUGAUGUGGUGGCCCGGGCUCAGUGGUUUAAACGCAAAGGUUACUGAGCGAUAUUGGGUUUGUUAUUCCUGCACAGCAUAGCUGAACGUAGCUGAGCAUAGUUGCUAAAUGCAUAUACUUACAAUUACAUUUAUGCCUAUACGGCAUUUAAAAGUCCAAAAAUGACUUGGCUCAUUUGCAACUUUUGUUUCUCUUCUACAUGUGGGAUUAGUAAUUAGUGGCAAAUUCUGUGCCGUUUAAAUGGUAUAAAAUCCAUUCUAGUUAUAAAUUAGAUCUAGUUUCUAUCCACCUGCUCAUGCACAGGUUUUCUACAUCAUUAAUUGUAUAACUUCUGCAGGAAAGCAUCUUGUUUGGGAAAACAUUUUAUUAUAACUAAAAUGAUACUGCUUUUAAUUUCUAUAAGCUAAUAUAUUUACAUUGGUAUUCAGAAAGAUAUGUAAUAAUAAGUCUUUAUAAAAAUUUAAGGCAUGAACAAAAAUA